GACAGAAACAAAAUCAUCGAAUUUUCAAUGUUUUUCACAUUUCUAUAUUUCUACUGAAAAUUUGCAAGACAUUUGUCAUAGUGAACAAAGACGUAUUUAUUUUGUUGCAAGUAAAAGAUUUAUUUUGGACUUUGAAAUGGUUAUUGGUAACGAGGAAAACUAUCCCUCACCUGCAUCACCGCCCAUUGAACAGGACGACUCACAACCGCUUCCACCACCACCAAGUGAGGCACUGGGCGAAUUAUUAGAUCAAAUGGAGGAUUACAUACCAACAGUCCCUGACGCACUGACUGCACGUUAUUUGAAUCAGGCUGGUUUCGAAACUAUAGAUCCACGUAUAGUACGCAUAAUUUCCGUUGCAGCUCAGAAAUUCAUAUCUGAUAUAGCAAACGACGCUUUGCAGCAUUGUAAAACACGUACAAGUAGUCAACACUCUGGUGGACACGGCUCAAACAAGGAUAAAAAACCGAACAAGGAUCGUCGUUACACCCUAGCUGUUGAAGACCUCACACCAGCUUUGGCUGAUCAUGGCAUUACGAUGCGCAAACCACAAUAUUUUGUUUAAGUUACAAACUUAAUAUACGGCAUAUAUGUCUUUAGAGUUUGCAAAAUGAAAAUAAAUGUACCGCAAACUAAUUCAAUGGAAUAAUAUUGUAAUCUUCAUGCUUCUGUUAUAGCAUAGUUGAAAAUCAAAUAUUUGCAUAUUAUUAUUUUAUUUAAUUAUCAUAACAAAAAUCUGAACAUGUUAUUUUCGGGUUAUUUUUAAAAUAUAUAAAUAUUCUCCAGGAA